GUCAAAGUAUCGCAUGAGAAAAAAUGGCUAAUGGUUCCAGUAAGAAGAAAAAACCGGCGAAAAUAGCUCAAGAGAAGCAGUUGGAAAUCCUCCAGAGAGAGGCGGACGAAAAGUGGAAAACUGAGCAGAUUGCAUUGGUGGAGAAGAAUGACAUCGAACUGAAGCAAUACAACCUGCGACGAGUGGUUCUGGUGGACGCCAUCAAGUUUUUCAGAAAAUUGGAGAAAGCUGCCGCCGACAACAGUCGAAAUCUUUUGAAGCAAAGUGAAUGGGCACACUACUUAUCCUGCGAAAAAUUACCAAAUCCGGCAGAUGCCGCUGAGAUACGUGAGUUCCUUUACAGAUGGACCUGUGAGUUAGAUGAGAUCGGCAAGCUUACCAGUUGGACGUUAGAUAUUAACGACAGAAGUCCACUGACCCAAGAUGAAUCAACGAUUUUGAAGACUAGAGAGAUUCUGAAAAUCCAACGAGGAGACGUUGGAUCAUUGUACCUUCCGGGUAUAGAAAAUGCCCUUAAGGUUCUUUCUCUUAUAGAUGAUUCCGCUCAGAAAAAUAUUCUACAGAAUGAGGUGAUGAUAGCAAGAAAUGAGAUACGACAGAAACUAGCGAACGUUCUUGACGAGAUCACUUUGAGAGUUGGUGGGAAUAUCUCACGCGAUAUGUCACCGUUGGAUCCCAUAAUGGCGGAGUUUGCGUUCUCGUCAGACGUUGUUCGAUUCUACAUAUGGAGUUUUCGUCAUGUCCCGUUACCUCCUGAAUAUAAUUACUUCAUCCGACUUCUUACAAUGACAUCGCUGGAUUCGACUUUUUUGAAGCCUCCCUCAUUCGAGCUUAAAGGUUGUCUAAUGCGUGGAUUGUGGACCCAAUUUGAUCAUUUCUCGGAUCUAGAUCCUACCUUUCGUUGUGGUUUCCUGGAAGCAGUUCCCGAUUUGAUUGCAGCUCAAGACAUGGAAUGGAAUGAUCGUUAUACGCUGAAAAACAGGAAACUUCAGCAAAUGGCGGAAGCUAGAGCCAAAUACGAGGUGGAUAAAAAGCAAAAAGAACUGGAAGCGUUGGAGAGUGCCAAAAAUAGUAAAAUCCCAAAUAAACCGGCAGGUAGGAAAAAAGCAAAGAAAAAAUCCAAAAAAGGUAAGCUAGAGAAACCGGCACUAGAAAGUGCUCCACCGAUUGUUACGGAAGACACGUCGGUAAAUGUCGACGAGGAGUACGAACAACGUGAGCUGGAACAUUAUCUGCAGAAAAUGGAGCAAAUUAGUCCGUCGUCGCUAGAUUUGGCCGAUGAAUAUGUGAACCUGCGAAGAUUUAGGGUCACCGGUGGAGUUUUCUCCAUAAACCAAUUCGAAAAGCUGCCACAAUCGAUCGAAAUGAGAUGCGACUUCAUGUAUCGUGAUGUUCCCCUAGAUCUCAAACUGAUUGAGAAGAAAUUUGUCAGCGAAUCUGAUACAGAGCUGAUAAAAAUCGAAAUCAAACUUCCGGAUUACUGUUUUUGGUGGAAAGAACCCUUGGUCUGCAGUUGGGAGAUUUGGGAGGACAGCGAUGAGUUCAACUCGUUGGGAAAGGAGCAUCAAGAACUGCACUUAAAUUAUGAGAAAAUCAUGGAGGAAAAGAGUAAACUUCUUUUCGGAUCACCAAAACCACCAAAACACCCAAGAAAGCCUACUGUUAUUCCUGACUUCGACAUAAACGACAUCCCUUCCGAAAUUAAGUUACACUUUUUGAUACAAGAUCAUAUAUUGCCGAGACUCCCGCAAAAUUACAAGUUUUAUGCGGAAAUGCACCAACUGUUUGUGACAAUGCAGGAGAAAUUUGUCCAUGAGCAGCGGCUGAAAAUCGAGGAGGCUCUGAAUGAGAUCCUGUAUCCCAAGUUCCUCGCUCUCAAAGCGACGGGAUUCGGCGAAUUCGACGAAUUUCGUGUACCAGGCAUUCACGAUGUUCCAGAGGGAGAGGGCAGUGUUGUUAGUCUGAGUGAAUCAAUGUCAAGUUCCAAAAUUAAAACUCCCGUAGAGUCAAUGCUGCUGGAACUCUCCUUGGCCCAAAAAGUACCAGCAUAUCUUUUUCCUCCGGAGCAUAAAAUUCCAUUGCUUAUAAUUACCGAGAAAAAAGAGGAAGAACCGUCCAGCCUCGAUAUAGAUGAAAUGAUUCUAGAUCUCUAUGAUGCAAUCGUUUCUGACGAUGAAUUUAGUGCUGAAUCGGUAUGCAAUAUGUUUUCCACCUUUCUUAAUCUUUUGGACCGUUUAAGGGAACGAGAAAUUCCUGUAUUUCCCGAGCCGGAAUCAGAACCCGAGAAGGAGGAGGAGGAAACAGCACCUCCUAGAAAACAAUCCAUCGGUUCGCGGGGAUCGACUCAUUUCCACCCGCCAGAAGUGAAACAAUUAUCGAGAAGACUAUCCUCUUUUGUAAUAGCGAAGAAAAAGAAACCUCGGGAAAAAAACGUGAAAAUUAGAAAGAAAGUUAGGAAACAUAGCGUGGUAACCCCUUCGGAAAUAUCAUCUGAUGAAGAACACGAAUUCACGAAAGAAGAUCCUGAACCGUUGGAUUUGGAACUGUUGCCGCAUACUCCUGGCAGGUGGACAACGAAACUAAUUCAAAAGCAGGAGUUCGACUCGGAUGGAAAAGUGAUUACCGUUUGGGUGAACAAACUCGCCAGUUUUGGGUUUGCGAUGGAGAAGUAUCAUAAUAUACCAUUCAAGGGAUGGGAGAUGAGGAGGACUGGCAAAAUAUCUGAAUUAUCUACGAUGAUAACACUGAACUGUGUCGAACUGACCGUCUGCAUAACAGUCUCCAAGUCUGGGUAUCAAAUUUCCUUUCAAAACGCCCCACAAGACAUCAAGCCUCCAGAAGCGGAUCUGAAUCUGGAAGAGCUGCAGAAAUUCCUAACCAAGGUGAACUUGACUCUGUUCCCGGAACCGGACGCCUCGUUUUACGUCCAGAACAUGACCAGCCCGAAGCACGAAUCAAUGGAGGUUCAUACCCUGAAAUGUUUGGCUGUUUUUUGUUUGACUCAUAACUUCAAGCAUUGUUUCUGGAAUAAAUACACCGGAUUCAGAGUGGCACUCGUUGAAAAUCGACAAAUAAUUGAGAGACGCCCUGAUCCGGAUUUUGUCACUAUCAUGGUGAACCCACUGGAGGCAGCCACCGUCGCGGUCGAAGAACUUUGUUCACCGCUGGAUCAAGUACUUUUAAAAUACCACCCGGUACCAGAGAACCAACCAUACAACCCUGACGUUUACAACCUACUGCAGGAAACUCUGGAGGAGCCCUCACGCAAGCUGCUGCUGAGAACUCCACCGAUGCUGCAGUGGAAUGUUUCCCAACUGCUACUCAAGCUUCGCUUGUUGAGCUUUUCCUGAAACAAGGGUAUGCGAUGGUAAAAUAUAAGCUUUCCGUUUAUCAAUUGCAGCAUAAAAU